AUGAAACCGAUAGAAGUAUGUUCAUUACGAGGACAUCUAAAUGAUAUUACUUGUACGGAACCUUAUUAUUCUGCCGAAAAUGUAUCGUUAAUUUCAGCUGACUCAAAAGGGUGGAUUAUUUGGUGGGACAUAAAUACAAGAAGACCAAACUGUGUAUGGAAAGGACAUGAUAGUAAUAUCGUUACGAUAAGACAAAUCUGCAAUGGAUUAUUAUUGACACACUCCAAAGAUUCUGAUAUCAAAAUAUGGGAUAUUGAAAAAUUCAAAGAUGGGAGUCGAGAGAUGCCAGCUGAGAAAUACAAUAGCGUUCAAUACUUCAAUGUAGGAGAUGCUGAAGAAAACGACAACAUCUUGAAAAAUGAGCUCCUUGAGAAAUUUCCGUUGCCAGAGCACACUGUGAUUCCAGUAAAUGCAUUAAAUUAUUGCAAUGUAGACUAUUCCAAUUACCAUUUGAUAACUCCUGCUACUACAGAUUCCAAUAAUUUUGAUCUAUAUCUGAUAUUCAAGCCCUCAGAUCAGAAUGACCAAUCAUUAGAAGAAAAAUUGAACUUAAAAAGAGUAGCUACUAGUGUUGAUCCUUGGAAACUUUAUAAAAAAACAAUCAACCACUUAAAUAAAGAACAGGGAGUGGAGUCUGAGAUAGGAAAUGAAGACGAUAUUUUGAAGCGAGAUAGAUUCGGUAUUAUGAUGAAAGUCAUGUUCGUGGGGGAUGACUUGUUUUAUAUAGGAUAUGAAUCUGGACACUUGAUUGGAUUCCACAUUGAUUUUUCUGGUGUUACUAAUAACGAAAAGAAAGAACCUACGCCGCAUUCAACGAAACCCAAUAAAAACGUAUCUGGCCUUUCGGGACUCCUUGGAAGUAAAUCAAAAAAGUCAUUUGACAGGACGAUUAUAAAUAAAGAUCCUGAAAUAAAAGUUGUAUAUAUAAAUGAUUCGUGCUCCCCAAAUCCUAUACUAUCGUUAGAGGUUGAUAAAGUGGGCAAUAGAAUUAUUUGCGGUUCAACUGGAAAACAAUUAACCUUUCAUGAGAUACCCCACGAAUUUUCACAUUUUAGAGAAGCUAAGGAUUGUGAAAGCUAUAAUUUAAGGCACUCAGGGAUCCAGUCUAUUUCUGUGAACCACAGCUUACUUGUCGUUGGAUUUUGGGAUGGAAUUAUCAAGGGAUAUAAUCGCGAUAUAAAUGAAGUAUUCAAAUAUUCUAAACGCCUUCCAAGGAUAGAUGUUUUAGAGUCCAAUAAUGGUCAGGUACAACCUCAUGAACGAGAAAGUAGCAUGAGGUUAUGUACAACUAAAUUAGUGAUGCCAAAAGAAACACUAAAGGUUUCAACAAAAGAUUACAAAUCCCUUAUCAAACGCAAAAGAGACAUCACGACAGCUAAUUUAUUAAUUUCGAGUUAUUAUGACGGCACAAUUACCAUUUUCAAAAUCUAG